UUUAGCUUUGUAAACAUACUAGUCAGAGUUACUUUCUCUGGGUAAAAAGCCAUACUUUUGUAAUUUGAAGAGAAGAUAAAACUGUUCAGAUUUGGUUCCCUGUAAUCUAUGUUAAUGAAUGAUCAGUAAGUUAGUUGCUAAAAUGCCGGAACAAAGCACUUUGUAAAAACCUGGAUGCAGCCUCUCAACUACUAUAAAAUGUUAUAGUUCAGUGACAGUGAAAUUAUGACAAGAUUGACCAGCUAGAGAUCUUCACAUAAUAUUUUUAUGUCUGAAUUUCCUUUACCCCUCCAUUACCUUUGGUUUAUUGUUUGCAAGACUGCGUUCAUUAUAAAAGGUUCUCAGUUUAAUAAGGGAAAGCCUUCCUUUCCUCUGUCCACACUCCCAUUGAAAGAAAAUGAUCAACAGUAAAGUCAGCACAGAGUAAAUUAAUUUCACUAAGAAGUAACAAAUAAACACUAAGGUGUUUAAGAUAAUGAAACCAAGAAUGUGUUUUUCAUUUUGGUUGGAGUUGCUUGUCUGAAAAGUACGGUCUUCAGAGAAGUAAUCUGCAACUGAUAGAGACUGUUAACUACAAAAAAUCAACAGAAGAUGAAUUGAGCCAUUUUAGAGAGUGGAAAAAGUGCUUGUGAUGGAAAACAGAAAAUGAGGAAGGAACAGAAAAAGCCAUGGAGAGCACUAUUUUAGAUCCACCUUUCUAAAUGUUCCUACUUUUUCAGUGCUGAUUAGCAAUUGUAUCUAUACAAAGAACUUCAGAUCUCAAAGCCAAUGUUAAAUGAAUACUGGAGUUUUUGUGAAAAGUAAAGUUCAGCUUUCUGUUACAUUGUUUUAAUUACUUCCCAUAUGUCACUGCCUUAUACAAGCUCCAUGGGAAAGCCCAGAAUGUGUCCUUCAGUGUACUGUGGUGUACCUAGUAACCUUAUCUCCAGAGCACAGAACUGGAAGCUUUUGAGUUUUGAAUGUUAAGAGGGUUAUCAAGCAUGUUCAAUAAUGAUUGAGAUUCAUAAGUUCAGUUAUGAACUCGGGGCCAAGUUCUUCCUUAUAGAUGAUGCAUAUCUAAUCUUACCAUCAUGAAUGAGGUUGAAAAGAAAGCUGAAAAAAAUAUAUACUAAUAUACUUUUAUUAAUUUGUAUUUCAGUGUUUGUUCUAAGGGAUGCUGCUGUUCUGAAAAUUCUAUACUCACUUAACAUGGCAGAAGAUCCCUAUAUCAUGGGAGUGUCUGAUCCUCAAAUGUUUACAGUGGAUCAAUUCAUGGGAAUGAAUGCAAUAUUUAAUAAUUCAGGUUACAUUACUUCAGACAUACCACUACGAGCAGCAGAUGGACCAUACUUACAAAUCAUAGAACAGCCUAAACAGAGGGGAUUUCGUUUCCGAUAUGUAUGUGAAGGGCCAUCACAUGGUGGACUUCCUGGUGCUUCUAGUGAAAAGAACAAAAAAUCGUACCCUCAAGUCAGGAUCUGCAAUUAUGUUGGGCCUGCAAAAGUAAUCGUUCAGUUAGUCACCAGUGGGAAGUCUGUCCACUUGCAUGCACACAGUCUGGUGGGUAAAUACUGUGAAGAUGGAGUAUGCACAGUUAAUGCAGGACCAAAGGAUAUGGUGGUAGGGUUUGCAAACCUUGGAAUACUUCACGUCACCAAGAAGAAAGUAUUUGAAACUCUAGAAACACGCAUGAUAGAUGCCUGUAAAAAAGGAUAUAAUCCCGGACUCUUGGUGCAUUCUGAACUUAAUUAUCUCCAAGUAGAAGGAUGUGGAGAAAGACAAUUAUCAGAUCGGGAAAAAGAAAUCAUUCGCCAGGCAGCAUUUCAGCAGACAAAAGAGAUGGAUCUCAGCGUAGUGCGCCUUAUGUUCACAGCCUUCCUCCCUGACAGCAAUGGCUGCUUCACAAGAAGACUUGAUCCUGUCAUAUCAGAUCCCAUAUAUGACAGCAAAGCCCCCAAUGCAUCCAAUUUAAAGAUUGUAAGAAUGGACAGAACAGCAGGAUGUGUGACAGGAGGAGAAGAGAUUUACCUUCUCUGUGAUAAGGUUCAAAAAGAUGACAUUCAAAUUCGUUUUUAUGAGGAGGAUGAAAAUGGUGGAAUGUGGGAAGGUUUUGGAGAUUUUUCUCCUACAGAUGUACAUAGACAGUUUGCUAUUGUGUUCAAAACCCCCAAGUACAGAGAUGUCAAUAUCACAAAACCAGCAUCUGUAUUUGUUCAACUGCGGCGGAAAUCUGAUCUGGAAACAAGUGAACCAAAGCCUUUUCUGUACUAUCCAGAAGUCAAAGACAAAGAAGAAGUGCAGAGGAAGCGACAGAAGCUGAUGCCUAACUUUUCUGACAGCUAUGGUGGAGGCAGUGGUGCAGGAGGUGGCGGGGGUGGAAUGUAUGGCGGUGGAGGAGGUGGUGCUGGCUCAGGGUUUGGUUACCCUUCAUAUGGGUAUACUGCUUUCGGAGGAAUGCAUUUCCACCCUGGUACAACAAAAUCGAAUACUGGAAUGAAACAUGGGCUUUCAAGUGAUGGACAUGAACAAGACAGGGAAAGCUGCAAUAAGCACAAUGACAAGCAGAAUGUGAAGCAUGGUGGGAAAAAGGAGAUCUCAGGCAGGGAUGACUCCCGACUCUGCGGUAAUAACGAGGAGGAGGAUGCUACUUUGUCACAUACAGCUCCAGAUGAAGCCAACUCUAGGUUACAAGAUGGAGUGUUCCUGGAGAAGGCCAUGCAGCUCGCUAAACGUCAUGCCAAUGCUCUUUUUGACUAUGCUGUAACUGGAGAUGUGAAGAUGUUACUAGCUGUUCAGCGCCAUCUCACUGCUGUCCAGGAUGAUAAUGGUGACAAUGUACUUCAUUUAGCAAUUAUCCACCUUCACGCUGAGCUGGUGCGAAACCUCUUAGAAGUGAUGCGGGAUUUGAAUUUUGAUGACAUCAUCAAUAUGAGAAAUGAUCUUUAUCAGACCCCCUUGCACUUGGCAGUUAUCACAAAACAGGCGGAUGUGGUGGAAGAUCUGCUGAAGGCUGGGGCUGAUGUCAGUUCUCUGGAUCGACAUGGGAACUCUGUCUUGCAUUUAGCGGCCCAGGAGGGAGAUGACAACAUUUUGGGCAUACUCCUUAAGCACAAGAAAACCUCUCUGAUGAUCAACCUUUCAGAUGGAGAAGUUUUCAUAUCUUGUUCUGUAGGUCUCAGUGCAAGUCACAUGGCAGUGCUAGCAAAUAGCAUGUCUUGCCUCAGGCUGCUGAUUGCUGCUGGAGCUGACAUCAACGCUCAGGAACAAAAAUCUGGACGAACUGCAUUGCAUCUGGCUGUUGAACAAGAGAACAUCUCUUUGGCAGGCUGCCUUCUGCUUGAGGGCGACGCAUAUGUUGACAGCACUACAUAUGAUGGAACCACUCCACUCCAUAUAGCAGCUGGAAGGGGCUCCACAAAACUGACAGCUCUUCUCAAAGCAGCAGGUGCAGAUCCUCAUGUUGAGAACUUCGAGCCAUUGUUUGAUCCAGAGGAUGUGAAAGGCAAUGAUGAUGAAGAUGAAGGAAUUGUACCUGGAACGACACCUUUGGACAUGGCCACCAGCUGGGAGGUGUAUGACAUAUUAAAUGGCAAACCCUAUGAAUCAAAGGUGGCUUCUGAUGACCUACUAGCACCAGAUAUGAAAGAGCUGAAUGAAGACUCCAAGAUGCAGCUGUACAAGUUAUUAGACGUACCUGACCCAAACAAAAACUGGUCUACCCUGGCACAAAAGCUGGGUCUUGGAAUACUCAAUAAUGCUUUCAGAUUGAGUCCCGCACCAUCAAAAACUCUGCUAGAUAACUAUGAGGUUUCUGGUGGUACAGUAAAGGAGUUAGUCGAUGCCUUGAAGCAAAUGGGUUACACAGAAGCAAUUGAAAUCAUUCAGAAAGCACGAUCCGUCCCACUAACUGAGUGCAGCCAGGAGAAUUUUACCUCCAAGGCUCCACCACUAUCACCAUUUGUUCCAUCCACUAAACAACAGACAGGUGAACUUUAUGAUAUCAAAUUCCAAGACACUGAAAGCAUGUGUGAUAGUGGAGUGGAGACUUCCUUCCGCAAACUUAGCUUUACUUGUUCCGAGUCCCUGAACAGCAAAUCAAUAACACUUAGCAAAAUGGCCUUGGGCUACGGCCAAGAACACUCGAUACAAGGCAAAAUCUAAUCACUUCACAGUAUACAAUUAUAGAAAGCAAAAUGACAUUUAAAACUCUGCCUGUGUGAAUUUCUCUGGGGGGAUGGAAAUGAGCUUACAGCCAAAAGUGCACUGGAAAAGAAUCAUUUGAACAAGUGGCUCAUAAACAUCACUUCCUUCCUUGUUUCUUAAGUAUGUUUACUUGCGUUCAUUUACAAUCAAUGUACCAUAACCAGAAUGCCAAUAACACGUAAUAUAGAGCUGGAUGGAAGGAACUGACUGAGUUUUCCUGGUGUCCAAGAUUUUCUUUAUGGAUGGAAGUCACUGUUUUCUUACAAGUUGGAAUGACCAGCUUACUUUCAUAGGAAAGGUAGGACACCCAGAGCAAUUGCAAGACAAAAACCUCUGACUAUCCUUCUCAAAGCUUUAUAGCAUAGUUGCAUGGAAAAGGAAGCUCAUAAAUGUGUUAAAUAAUGUCCCUUGAUGCCAACUUGUUGUGAUUUAAAAACAACAACAAAAGGAUCAUGUAUAUUUCAGUGAAUGUAAUUUAAACUUUACUCUGGUGCCUAUCAAGUAUGACAUCUUCCUACUGUAAAUACUGUUUUUAGACUCACCUUUUUAAAGGAGAAAUUUGUGCUCUUUAAAAUGCUUAUUUUUAUUUUACUUUUAUAAUAAAAAAUUAAAUUAAAUCCUUCCUUCUCUUUUAUUUCCCCUUUAAUUUUUUCUUUGUUUUUUCUGGAGAAUGCAAAUCUUUUCACUAUUUGUUAUAGGAAUUGAGAAUGGACAGUACAGAAUCAAUGCAAUUAAAGAAUCAGUUUCCUUAAAACAGGGAGAUGAAAUGGACCAUUUGGUAUCUUAGUAGUUUAGAGAUGAUGGUUCUUGCAUAGAUUGUCAGAUACCAAAACCCCUUUACCUGGGAUUCCCUAGCAGAGUUUCUCCUCAGAUUCACUAAUUAUGAGAAAAUUGUCAGGGUUGUGUGUUUUGGACUUAAGCGAAAAUCAGGGCAGUUUCUGGAUUCCAGAAAAAAAUAAUUGCCAUGAAUAUAUACCAAGUGCCACCACCAAUAUUCAUCUCUUUCAUUAGGACAGAACUAUAAACUAUACCUGCAAACAAGAGAUGCAGCUCUGAUGGACUGAAAAGCUCUUGGGUCUCCUUCUGUCUUCAGGUACAUGGAUGGAGGUCCAGCUGAGGUUAGAACCAAGGGUGAAUUUGGCAUCCUUAGUUUUACAACAUCACUCUUGCUGAUAAAUUAGUAGUGCAAGGAACCGACCUACCUUUUCAGCUCAAGCUACACCUUUCUUUAAUGAAGAUGUCAAGAAGGAUGUCUUGAGUAAAAUUUGCUCAAGGAUGUCUUGAGUAAAAUUCAUGGUCCACUCACACUGGAUUUUUAGGCAUAACUCCAGUAUGUUACCAGACUUUUUUGAGGUUUCUGUUAUGUUGCAGCCACCAGUGAUAAAUGUGUUACUGCUCAGCAUGCCUAGUCUGUUAGAUUUGUUCCCCACCAACAGAAAGCAUCUGCAUCUGGAUUUCUGGAAGCACUUUAUGCCCAAAAGCUGCAUAGUAGCUGUUCAAUCAAGACAGUGAUCACUAACAGAAGAGGAGUUUUCCUUUGUACCUGAAUCUGUUUACAUAACUCUUGCUGCAGAGGAAGUAUAAUGUUAAACAGGCUGAAACAGGUUUAGAGCAGAUUACUUUUUCUUAUGAUUUAGAAAUGAAAUGAGUGGGAACAGUUGCAACAGACCCACAGCAGUAGUAGGAUGCUUUAUGUCUUCCCUAAGGCAGGGUGGCACUUGGGUGUGGGAACACACAGGGCUAGCUGCAUCCCUACAAUGCUAAUAUCAGUAUUUUCAACAGCAGUGUCCCCACCUCCUGCCCCUUCAGCCACCACAAGCCUUAUUUUCAGAAGCACUGAACACACGUCGCUUCCACUGAUACCGAGGGAACUGUGGACAGCUAACUGAUCCUGACAGGGAAGGUGGACCCAUGCAUCAGGCAUCUCAGAAUGGAUAAUGAAAAACUGAAGCACCCAAAAACUCAGUGAAGGUCUUGCAUAUUCUGGCCUUCACCUCCUGCAUUCUGCUGCUGGCUCAGUUGUGCACACUGUGGCAGAACACCAUCUCUGUCUCUCACCAAACUCUGCUCUGUGACAAUUUGGUUAACAUGGGUCCUGCAAAGGGCAG